AAUCAUGGUCCCAAUCAAUAACAGAGUAGAUCCCAAUCGUCGUUGAAUUUAGAGCGUGUUUCUCUGCCUUAAAGAAACAUACUAGUUACAGCGCUGUUAAAUAUACGUAUAAUAAAAUAUUUUUAACCAAAUAUUAAAUCAAUUCAAAAAUAUAGAUCUGCCGUGCAAGACAUAUAAAUCGGCCUGGUAAAGAAACACGUGGGGGUCUGUUAAGUAAGUUUCAAAACAAAUACCAAUACAAGUUACAUUAAGGGUGCUUGUCUUCACUGUAGCUGACAAUGCCAACGGAUUCCCGUCGAUUGCCAGCUCCAGACAUCAGUUAUAAUGCGAAACUGUUCACAGAGAUUGAGAAGUUGAGUUUACUUGAUGAUGAGGAGAAGAGAGCUGAUGGGAGAUACGUCACACAACCUAGGGAUGUUUUCCUGCAGUGCGGAGUUAUUACACAAGCCAAAGGGUCAGCUUAUUUUGAAAUGAACAAAACAAAAGUGAUUUGCUCUGUUUAUGGACCAAAAGACAUUGAAAUGAGAGAAGAAUUUCAAAUCAAUAAGGGGAAGUUAAAAUGUGAGUUGAAAUACGCGCCAUAUUCGAGCCCAAAACAUGGAGAUCACAUUCCAGGAGCUUCUGAUGUGGAAAAAUCAGACAUUUUACUCGAAGCAAUAUCAUCAGGUGUCUGUCUCCAACGUUAUCCUAAAUCUCAAAUAGACGUUUACGUUAUAGUACUAGAGGAUGAUGGUUCAGUGAUGCCAGCCGCAAUUACAGCAGCAUCUGUUGCCCUUGUUGAUGCUGGGAUAGAAAUGUAUGAUGUCAUCACUGCUUCAUCAAUACGAAUUGCUGGGCAAGAUACGUUCAUAAUUGACCCAACAUCCAGUGAAGAAUUUUCACCUUUAAACUUGGAAAAGUCGAAUGAUCUCAACCAAGGAAUGGUAAUGGUUGCUUUGCUGCCAUCAAUCAACCAAGUGUCAUCUGUUGUAUCAUCAGGACAUCUUGAAUGCAAUGUCUUGCAAGAAGCAAUCAGGUCAUGCAGAUAUUCAGCACAAAAUCUUCACUCCAUUGUUAGAAAAUGUUUGGUAAAUUCACUCAAAAAAAGCAAUCAAAAUAAUUCACAUUAAAUUAUUAUGUUGAUUUAAACAUGCAGCUUAAAUACAAUAUGGUGGCUAAUCAUGCUUUCAACCAGGGUCAUCCAAUUACAACAAGGUUUGGUGCUAUUUUACCAACUUCAGUUUUUGUAAUUGGCAAUCAUAGAUAUCACACAAAAUA